CAGUGCGCAUGCGCCCUGGUGCAGGAAGUGCUCAGCCCGAUAACCAGCUGAUAGACCAACAACCGAACAACCACCGACAAAACAACAGCGACUGGCAACAACAGCAUCACACAGUCCGCCCUCAGUCUUUGAAGCAAACGAAAAAGAGUCCAGUUUUUCUCAACUUCUGAGUCCAAACUUGAGUUGCUGCUUUCACACACCCUACCAGGGAGGACGCCCACCCUUCCUACAUCAUGAGCACCCGCGGGACCGGCAGGGCCAACGGGAACCUACCGCAGACCAAGAUCUGCCAGUUCAAACUUGUGCUGUUGGGAGACAUGGCCGUCGGCAAAUCCAGCCUAGUGCUGCGUUUUGUCAAGGGCCAAUUUGAUGAGUUUCAGGAGACCACUAUAGGAGCUGCAUUCCUGGCACAGUCAGUUUGUCUAGACGACACUACAGUGAAGUUUGAGAUUUGGGACACAGCAGGACAGGAGCGCUAUCACAGCUUGGCCCCCAUGUACUACCGCGGAGCCCAAGCGGCCAUUGUAGUAUUUGACAUCACCAAGCCUGAAACAUUUGAGAGAGCUAAGGCUUGGGUUAAAGAGCUGCAGAGGCAAGCCAGUCCCAACAUCGUCAUCGCUCUCGCAGGAAACAAAGCUGAUUUAGCAGAAAAGAGACUGGUGGAGUAUGAGGAAGCCCAGACAUACGCUGAAGACACAGGCUUGCUUUUCAUGGAGACCUCUGCCAAGACUGCAAUGAAUGUAAAUGAGUUGUUCCUGGCCAUCGCAAAAAAGAUGCCAAAAACAGACACCCAAAACCCCACGCAUGCUGCUCGACACAGGGGAGUCAACCUGCAGGACCCAGACACACAGUCCACUCGAAGCUGCUGUGGGAACUAAACACCAAUCUAAAAUCCAUCACGGGAGACCACCGACACCUUCUCCUUCCCAAAAUCCCACCCCUCACCCUUUCACCUCCAACGACAGAUACGGAAAGAGAGAGAGAGAAGAAUGACAGAAAGUGAUAGAGGAAAAACCCUCACUGAUGCCACAAAGAGAUUUUUGAGAGGGAAACUUCUGAUGGUUUGAUGGGCAGGGCAGAAAGCAGAUGGACUGUCAUAUGUUGCAGUAAAUGGGGAUUCUUCAUUAGAUCAGAGUCAAGAAUAAUUCAGCCAAUGUUCAUUAUGAUGAUGUAAACACCAGGCAGGGAUGGAAAUAAUUAUUUCUUAAAUCCAUCUUCCCGUUCUUGGUCUUGGAAUGAACUGACGGUCCGUAAUGCCCUCUUAAACAUCCCGUCAUUCUGUUACAUUUAGGAAGUCUUCAAGCAAAAUCUUCACAAUGUUCUGGGGAACCGUAUGCUCUGGGCUAUCCAAUGCUUUGAUCCCAACUCUGACACUGGAGAAAAAUCGGCACCUUAACCCUAAAUGAAUCGCAAGGUUGAAAGGGUCCUAGUAAAGCCUCAACUGCUUCUAAAUUACAGAAAAAAAACUGAAGUAUUUUUUGUAGAAUUUGUUCACUCGGAGACGUUUUUUUAAGCAUCGGGCUUUAUUUAUUAACUUUUUACGUUAACAUUUUAAUUGGUCUCCCUUGUGAACUUUGUCAUCCAUCCUAGACCCUAAAAGUAUUACAGAACAUCAAUGUUGUCUUCCCUACCCAAUUCCUUCCUCCCAACCACAUCCACGUUGAUCUUGAAGUUCAGUAUUGAAGUUCAGAACAUAACAGCAAGCUCUUACGAUGCCUUCUAUAUGUUUUUUUGUGUAAACUACUGUUUGAGAAACAAUCAUCAAGUCAUAACGUAUUGGCAACAACAAAAUGGAAUGGAUUGAAAACCAUCGUGUCGUCACGUUUAUAGAAAUCGCAAAACAAUGCGCAUUGAUUUGUCUGGAUGUGAAGGUCAGCAGUACCAGGCUUAUGUGUCAGUAUGUGUAUUUAAAUGCAACAAAAAUGUUAAAGCACCCGCAAAUCGAUUUACCAAGUGGCGCUGUGUGAUACGCUGGAACGGAAAAUAGCGACAGAGGAAAUUCGCCCACUUCAGUUCGUAAGCCCCUCAAAGGUGGAAUAAAACAGAAGUGCCUACUCCGUUUUCCCCGUGUUCUUUGUAAGGGGCUUGUGUGUUGGCAAAUGCCAAAUUGUAGUGUUCUCAGAGACGUCAGCCCGGAGUGUACAGGCAAUAACCUGUAACAGUAAUUAGUUCAGUGUUUUAGUAACAGGAAUGAUUUAUGAUGUUUUGUUAUAUGGACGCUGUCUGUUGAUGUGUGUAAAAAUUUUUUUAUUUUAAAAUGAUUUUAGUAAUUUAAUGGGUUACAUUUAUAAGGUCAUUUAGGGAAUGAAGUAGGUAUCUCAUAAAGGUGUCACACAGCUACAUCAUUUGUUAUUUGUCUUCAGGUCCACCUUUUUUUGUGGAAUAGAUCAUAACUCCUGUUAACACCUCUGUGAACUGAAAUGUUAAAUAAAACUGUGCUGUUCUGCUGUGAAUGAAA